GUUCGCGUCAGAAGCAGCAGCCAAUAAGAGCGGGCUAUUGAUCAUGAAAAUCAAUUCAAGAUGGUGGAGAAACAAGGUGAAUAAGAGCUGUCGAUUUAUCCCUCGAAUUCAAUUAACACUCGUUUAAAUGGUAGAAAUUGACGUUUGAAAUCGGAGCUUAGUGAUGUCUUACGUGUCAAAACGGCGCUCGAGUGUAAGUGUGUUCAUAUUUAUCUGAGUCGUAUCUGGUGGCACUAAUUUACAAAUUGGCAGCAAAUUAUGUGUGUUGAAUGUUCUGGGAAUAACAUUUAGAGUUUGGAAACGCGGAUUACACAAGACACCGGAUUAAGUUUCUCGAGCGAAGUUUCAACAACGGAAAUUUUAACAGAACGUGUCGCAUGUGAUGUGGGCUUAGUGCAGGUGGUGCUGAGCGUGGCGUGGUGCCCGAGCGGCGCGCACAUGGCCUCUGCACACCGUUACAAAACGAGGACGGAGUCUCUGCCCAACAGUCUCCCCAAUGCCUUGAUGUUCGGCAAUGGUCAGUUGAACCAUGAAGAAAACCCUAACUACCUGGUCUAUAAAAAGAUGGAGCAGAUAGUGGAGCGAAUGCAGGACGAGCAUACAGGCGUGCCAGUCCGAACAGUGAAGAGUUUCAUGUCCAAAGUGCCCAGCGUUUUCACAGGACAGGACCUUAUUACAUGGAUGAUGAAAAACCUGGAUGUCGAAGACCAAGUUGAAGCCCUUCAUCUGGCUCAUCUGAUGUCUUCUCAUGGCUACUUCUUCCCAAUUGACGACCACUAUCUCACAGUCAAGUGUGACAACACUUACUACAGGUUUCAGACUCCAUGCUUCUGGCCAUCUCGGUGUGGGGAACCAGAAAACACGGAUUAUGCGGUAUAUUUAUGCAAGCGGACCAUGCAGAACAAGCAGCGACUGGAGUUGGCCGACUACGAGGCUGAAAACCUCGCACGCUUACAGAAGAUGUUCUCACGCAAAUGGGAGUUCAUCUUCAUGCAAGCUGAAGCUCAAGCCAAAGUUGACAAGAAGCGAGACAAACUGGAGCGUAAGGUGCUGGACAGUCAGGAGAGGGCAUUCUGGGACGUGCACAGACCCGUGCCGGGCUGUGUAAAUACAACAGAGGUGGACAUUAAGAAAGCGUGUCGGAUGAAUAGACAUUCCAAAAUGUCCCGGCCAAACUAUGCUGUACCUGGAGGUCGUAUCAGCCCGACUGUUUCAGAGUUGGACAUAAGUAACCCUGUGGACCUGGCUUAUAGGGAGCAUCUUCACACUAUUGAAUUACUGAAAAAGAAAUUAGAGAAAAGGAGAGUAAAAAUAUCUAAAGUAACUGAAAGUUAUGUGUCUUACUACGAACAGUAUGCCGAAUAUGACGCUUUCUGCACUCCUGCUGAUCCUACUAAUCCUUGGAUUACUGACAGCCCAGAGUACUGGGAUCAAGAUAAAACCAUGAGUGCACGUGACAUCCCUCUGCGGCGGGUGAAGCGGUGGGCAUUCUCAGUUGAGGAGCUGAUGAAAGACCCUGCAGGCAAGGACCAGUUUAGCAAGUUCCUGGAUAAGGAGUUCUCUGGAGAAAACCUAAAGUUUUGGCUGGCGUGUCAGGAUUUGCGGGGUUUGAAACUUUCAGAAUUGCAUGAAAGGGUUCAUGAAAUUUAUUCGGAAUUUCUGGCCCCAGGGGCUCACAACCCUGUGAAUAUAGACGCUCGAAUAGCAGAGCUCGUGAGGAAACGAGUUGAAGAUAACCCAAACAGAUACUGUUUUGCAGAAGCUCAGGACCAUAUAUUCAAACUAAUGAAAAGUGAUAGUUACAGCAGAUAUAUACGUUCGGACAUGUAUAAAGACUUUCUUAGCGGCACACGGAAGAAAAGUAAGAAAAGACUUGUACCUCUGGAGAUACGGAAAAUGACGGCAUUAUGAUGUCCAUGUUCAUUGAUAGUAGUGGUACGCUGCUUAAUUGUGCAAUACACAACCUUGUUUGUAUAUGGCUGUUAUAGGGAACUGUGCAACAAACAUAAGUGGUUAACAGAAAAUGUGUAAAAGUAUAGAUGUGUUAUAGAGUAACUUUGAAACAAAAUAAGUGUUUGAUAGGUUACUGUGUAACAAAGUAAGUGUUUGAAAGGGAACUGUGCAAGUUAAUAAUUUUUCAUUGGAAAAUGAGUAACAUAAUUUUUGUUUCAUAGUAAAUGUAUAACAAAUAGGUGUUUUGUAUGGAACUGUGUAAUACAAAUCAAUUGUUCAUAGAGUGAAUAAUGUGUAACAAAACCUAUGUUUCAUAGCUAAAGUUGUAACAAAAUCAAGUGCUGUAUAGCAAACUGUGCAACAAAUUAUGUUUUUCAUUGAAAACAUUUAAACAAGUAAGUGUUUCCUACCAAACUGUAUAACAAAUCAAGUGUUUAUGUUACAAGAUUGUCACAACAUGCUUGCACUACAAUAUUGUCACAACUUGUUUGUCCUACAAUAUUGUCAAAACUUGCUUGUACUACAAUAUUUUCACAACAUGUCUGUACUACAAUAUUGUCACAACUUUCUUGUACUACAAUAUCGUCACAACUUGCAUGUGCUACAAUAUUGUCACAACUUGGUUGUGCUACAAUAUUGUCACAUCUUGUUUGUACUACAAUAUUGUCACAACUUUCUUGUACUACAAUAUUGUCAAAACUUGUUUGUACUUCAAUAUUGUCACAUCUUGUUUGUACUACAAAAUUGUCACAACUUGUUUGUAAUACAAGAUUGUCACAAUUUGCUUGUACUACAAUAUUGUCACAACUUGUUUGUACUAGAAUUUUGUCACAACUCAUUUGUACUACAAGAUUGUCACAACUUCCUUGUACUAUAAUAUUGUCAUAACUUGAGUGUACUAUAAGAUUGUCACAAUUUGUUUUAACUGAUCUGUGUACAUUGUUUCAUAUUAUGCUCUUUAACGAAGGAUACACCAUUACACUUCUUGCUUGAACUUGUUCUUGUAUAAGUAUUAAAAUAGGAUAAUGUAUUACUCAUAGCACAAUUUCUUUGACAACUUGCAUAUAGUUUUACAUGUACAUUCUUUUUAAGAUAACUGUGUAACAAAGUUUGAAGAAACUUGCUUCAACUUGUUUACGUGUGUCAAGAAGAACUUUGUUGAAAACUAAAAAAAAUGCUUCUUUAUAUUGAGCAUUGUAACAAAGGAUAUGCUUUCCAUGUACUUGCAUAUUCAAGUAUGUUGGCUCAUAGAAAACUGAAUAACCAAAUAUUUUCUCAAUGUACUCUUACAUGUAAAUUUUUGUAAGGAAACGGUGUAACAAAGGUAUUUAUAUAACAGUAAUUGCUUGCACUUGUAAGUUCCUCUGAUCCAACAAAUAAAAGAGUAUCACACCUGUCUCUAUGUAAAUUCUUACAACAUUAUUGUGUUGUUGUUUUAUUCUUUUUUGGGGGUGGGAACAGUUACAGAGCUCCAGAUAAGGUUUUGUGAAAUUCUAAACGUUACUACCAGAUCUUCAAAAAUAAUUCUUAACUCUGAAAUUUUAUUCUAAACGUUACUACUAAGUUUUGGAAAAUAACUCUUAACUUUUCUAAAUGACCUAAAAAUAAAUAAUAAUGGUUAUUUUCAUGCAAAAAAUCAAAAUAAACAUACUAGCAACUUUAUUUAUACGAGUUCAACAGUGUCUAUUCAAUAUUAUACAAUUUUAUUUUUCAAAUACCUUCAUAUGCCCAAACUGUGCUUAGAUUGCAUGCCUUCGAUGAAUUUUUACAUAUUUCACAAUUAAAACGGGUCCCCCUAUCAAUCUUUUCAACGAUUAGCCACGGGAAGUGUCCCUUCCACUUGUUCAAUGUUUUUUUUUGUUUAAGUUUGGACCCGUUGUGUCGCGUUUUUUUUAGCUUUUUCCGACUGUGUCGGCAACUGAACAUACAACAUCGUAGAAGAUCUUUUCUUUAAUGUCUUUCUUAACAUUCAACUUCUGCUCACUUUGCGUACAAUAUUUUAAAGCGUGUUUUUGCAUGCUUUGCAGUUUUUUAAGACGCCCUCUGGGCGCCGCCAUUGUUUUUGACAGAGAGACUGUACACGCCGCUUUUAUUGGAAAAAAUGCGCUUUGUUAAACAAACCCGAUAACCAUUUUAUAUAAGCACUGAAAAGAUCUUUAAUACGCGAAAUUCUCUCAAAAAAAUCGAUACGAACCGAUGUAAAAAUAAUAUUCGUAACUGGUUUUGUAAUUCUUAAUGGUACGACAAGAUUUCAAAAUAAAUAUGUAACGGACUUGAAAAUAAUUCGUAAUUACGAAAAUACGACCCUUAUCUGGAGCUCUGAGUUAAAUAUAUUUUAUAGGAAGUGUUAUUUAAGGUCACAUGUUUUAGCUUGUUUUGAAUAUGUAGCAAAAUGUGUAUCAAAAGCAAUACUCAAUAUGUUCGAAUGUGUAUCUAGGGAACAAAGUGGGUUUGUGUAUCCCCACACAGUGUGACCUAGUAAACAGCAUCACCUAGUCAUCACCACAGGUGGUUAGCGUGUGGCUAUGAUAUUAAUUAGUGAAAACAUCAUUUUGAAUGAUAAAUAAUCAUAUUAUAACGAAAAAUUAACUUUUCUGAAAAAAAAAAUUUCACUAUCAAAUAUAUAUAUAACAAGGUAUGCAACUCAAAAUCACCCCAAAACGGGAUGCAUCGCUUUGAACAGCCAUAUCUUCAUCAAUUGUGCAGCGAUUUUCACGAUCUCGGUCUUAUUCAACGCAGAAAUGAAUUUCCUUUCUGGAAAUGUAUAUGUCUUGCAAUAUUUUUACAAAUGCUGGGUCAACUUUUAAGAAAUAACACGAUACACAACACGCAUGACCCAGUUGACAGUGAUCAUGUAUUCUUUAUGAAUGAAAUCUCCAGUUGUAAAGACACACCUCCGCAUUGGACCAAUGAAAUCACUCGUAUGUUUAAAAUGUCAGUUAGUUGAAAUGUAUGUAAACAAAGGUUUCAAACGGCGCUGGACAGUUAGUCUUGAUGCAGAAUGUAACGACAAGAACGGUAAUAAUGUUUUUUCAUACGUUUUAUUGAAUUUUGGUAUCGAACUACAUGAACUUUGUAGGGAAGUUGCCCUUUACUCCGUGAAGAUUUCAGUCUUAAAGACAGCAUGAUCACUGUCAACUGGGUCAUGCGUGUUGUGUAUCGUGUUAUUUCUUAAAAGUUGACCCAGCAUUUGUUAAAAUAUUGCAAGACAUAUACAUUUCCAGAAAGGAAAUUCAUUUCUGCGUUGAAUAAGACCGAGAUCGUGAAAAUCGCUGCAAAAUUUAUGAAGAUAUGGCUGUUCAAAGCGAUGCACCCCGUUUUGGGCUGAUUUUGAGUUGCAUACCUUGUUAUAUAUAUAUUUGAUAGUGAAAUAUUUUUUUUUCAGAAAAGUUAAUUUUUCGUUAUAAUAUGAUUAUUUAUCAUUCAAAAUGAUGUUUUCACUAAUUAAUAUCAUAGCCACACGCUAACCACCUGUGGUCAUCACAUCAGUACCUAGAUACCAAAAAUUAAUGGUACAAGCUGCUAAAUUGUGGUAGGACCUGUCCUUUAUAUUUUCGCUAUAAAGCUUUAUAGGUCUCCUUGUGUUUUGAGCAUUGUCUCUUCAUUUUUAAUACCAGUAAUUCUUUUCCAGGCAUUGUAACACAUGAUACAAAACUUAACUUUGUUGACUGACCCCAAAACAUCAGCCUUUUGAACAACAAGGGGAAUUUCCCUGCUUUUUGCUCUGGUAAUUUUCCCCAUAUGAAAUGUUAUAUGGUAAUAAUGAUGUCUCAGAAUUAAAACACAAUGAAAGUGGAAGGUGGAGGUUUUGUUUAGGAUAUUUCAUGUCCUGUAUAUGUCUUUCAAGCUGCAUUCAUUAAAAUUGUUUUUGUUUUGUUCUUAUUUUUUUCAGAAUUUUCAAGUUGUUUCCUUUGAUUUUGUUUUUGAGGUGAUCUCAUAAUAUAAGACUCGAUAUUUAUUAAUUAAUUUAUGUAUGCAUGCAUAUGUAUUUAUUUAUUUCGCUGCAUAUAGAUGUUAAUCAUACACGGAAUGUCUUUAAAUAGGGUACAUGAAUUAAUCUAUUUUUCAUCCGAACCAUAUAUUCGUCAAUUGCUGUCAUAUGUUAAUAAUAUAUAUUCUAUAUGAAUGAAAUAUUAGUCUAUCUGCAGCUAUUUAAUGAUUGUAUGUAUGCCAUAAUGUAAAUUUGUAGGACAUGUAUUGUAUGAUGAUAUUGAAAAUUACGCUAUUAAGAUUGUUGGCAUUAUUUGUGAAUGCAGAAGUAAAAUAACAAUAAUCUUACUUGUUAUUACUGAUGUUUUCUGUACAACUUAACAACAGCUACUGAUUGAAAAAGCAUAAAUUUGUGUAGUAGAAACUUUGGUGUUGCAGGUUCUUUUAUUUUGAAGUUUCUCGUAGCACAAAGUGCUUAUGGUGACUUAUUGUGGUCACCAUAUGUCUGAAAGGGUCAUGGUGGGGUCAUGGUAUUUGUACAUUUUCAAAUUCAAGCUUGACAAUUACUGGGCUUAGUUUGAAUCUGGCUAACAGGCUUCCAAAAAUAGGUCACCAGGUCAAAUCUUAAAAGCACCAUGCUACAAUUCUAGAAACUCCAUUUAUGACUCAAUCUUGAUGUAAGUUUCUUUAAUUUCAUAUCAUGGCCAUACUAAGGCUGAGUUUGAGUCUAGGUCAUGUGCGUGCAAAAACAAGGUCACUAGGUUAAAUCUUGGGGAAAAAACAUAUAACCAUUCUAAAAGUCAAAUGUAUUAUUCUAUUUCCAUGACACUUGCUAUGAAUGGCUCAGAAUCUUGACAGAAUCGAGGCCAAAUUCAGAGCCAUGUGUGUCCAAAAAGUAGGUCACCAAUAACGUGUUUAACACUUUGUAACCUACAGAAUUUUUAUCUUUACAAUAUCCAUCUUUGACUCUAUGUCAAGUGGAGUAAAAAAAAAUAUUUAGCCAGGUCCAUUAUUCCACAAUUGUAUUUUUAACCCAUUUAUGCCUAGCUUCUAGAAAAAAGGCCUUGGCAAAUAGCGUAGACCCAGAUGAGACACUGCAUGAUGCGGCGUCUCAUCAGGGUCUGCGCUGUUUGCUUAAAGGAAUUACUGUAAGAAAUAUUCUAAAUAUAGAAAUAAAUAUACUAGACAUCCCUAAUUUUGGAAAUAAGUUGAUCCAAUUUAGAAAGAUGGGAGAGUCCACUAGGCAUAAAUGGGUUAAACUCAGGUGAAUGCUGAAGGGCCAUGAUCCCUCUUGUUUCUAAAUGUCUUAUUAUCAUAAGUGUUCAUGGCUGAGUACUGCAAUAGUUCUUGAUAAGCCUGAGAUUCAUUUGUGAAUUGUUAUUACUAGUUACACUCAACAGUUACAAUGUAUACACUGAUCUAUAAUGAUAAACUUGCAGUUAUAAUAGAAAUCAAUAUGUACAUUUCAGUCUAAAUGUAUUAGUUUCAUGUUGAAAAUGAAUGUAUGAAAUACAAUAGUUUAAUUUGGCAAGUACUUGUAGCUUAUAAUGGAGCUAGGAAUUUCGUUGUUAACUUCUUAUUAAUUUUUGCAUGCUAAUCUGUUCUUAUGGCACAAUACUCAUGGUGAAGGCUCUAGUUCCAGUGAUUUUAGUGUCUGAAUUCUUUAAAUGGCUUGACCAGACCAAAUUAAAUCAAAUGCAGAGGCGAUGCCAUUUGUUUGUGUGCCUCGCAAAUCUGUCUGCACAUACUCAGUAUAUUAGAUGGUAUUGAAAACACAUACAUAGCCAGCAACCUCAACUAACGUGACUUUAUUCAAUGCAAAGAUUAAACGUGUCAAUUUGCUGAUAAGUGUGUAUUGUUAAACGGUUUAAUUAGUAUCAUAGCUUGUAAGCUGUACAAAUGCGUCCCUUCCAAAUGCCAUAUGUUUUUCAUGUCUUGUGUAUAGUAGCUCAUGCAUUGAUGACAUGUUGUCAAGAUUUUUCUGGUAAAUAUUGAUAAUAAAAGUCAUUAAUGUC